AUGAAUCACAUUCAUUUUUGUGUUGCUAAAUCUGUUAAACAUUAUGCUGUUAGCACAUUUGCUAUCAUUGAUGCAGAUCUUAUUAGUACACUUGUCGAUCUUUCAAAAACUGAAACCGAUACUAGACAGGCGGCUGCCUGGGGUAUUGUCAAUGCCACUUGUAAUGGCACUCAUGAGCAAAUUCGGUUAUUGUCGUGUCUAGGAUGCAUCGAGGCACUCUGUGAUCUCUUGACCUUAACAGAUCAGGAUACUCUGGUAGAAUGUUUGGAUGGACUCAUAAACAUAUUAAUUGUUGGAAAAGCAAACAAGGAAAAGGGACUGUAUAACGGAGUCAAUAUUUAUGCUGGAAUGGUUGAAGAAUGUGGAGGAUUGGAUAAAAUUGCAAGUUUGCAAAAUCUUGACAACGAGGAAAUUUAUAAUAGGGUCGUGGAAAUUUUGACGCAAUAUUUUAGUGAGAACCUUGAUAUAGUAUAUGAAAAGAAUCCUCAUACUAGCGUGGAUGACACCAUGCAAGAGGACCUUGAAGGAGAUGAAAAGAAUCUUCAUACUAGUGUAGAUGACACCAUGAAAGAGGACCUUGAAGGAGAUGAAAAGAUUCUGCAUACCAGUGUGGAUGACACCGUGAAAGAGGGCCUUGAAGGAGAUGAAAAGAAUCUUCAUACUAGUGUGGAUGACACCAUGAAAGAGGACCUAGAAGGAGAUGAAAAGAAUCUUCAUACUAGUGUGGAUGAAACCAUAAAAGAGGACCUUGAAGGAGAUGAAAAGAAUCUUCAUACUAAUGAGGAUGACACCAUGAAAGAGGACCUAGAAGGAGAUGAAAAGAAUCUUCAUACUAGUGUGGAUGACACCAUAAAAGAGGACCUUCAAGUAGAUGAAAAGAAUCUUCAUACAAGUGUGGAUGACUCCAUGAAAGAGGACCUUGAAGUAGAUGAAAAGAAUCUGCAUACUAGUGUGGAUGACACCAUGAAAGAGGACCUUGAAGGAGAUGAAGAGAAUCUUCAUACUAGUGUGGAUGAAACCAUAAAAGAGGACCUUGAAGGAGAUGAAAAGAAUCUUCAUACAAGUGUGGAUGACACCAGGGAAGAGGACCUUAAAGUAGAUGAAAAGAACAUUCAUUCAAGUGUGGUAGACACCGUGAAAGAGGGCCUUGAAGUAGAUGAAAAGAAUCUGCAUACUAGUGCGGAUGAAACCAUAAAAAAGGACCUUGAAGGAGAUGAAAAGAAUCUUCAUACAAGUGUGGAUGACACCAGGGAAGAGGACCUUAAAUUAGAUGAAAAGAAUAUUCAUUCAAGUGUGGUAGACACCAUGAAAGAGGGCCUUGAAGUAGAUGAAAAGAAUCUGCAUACUAGUGCGGAUGAAACCGUGAAAGAGGGUCUUGAAGUAGAUGAAGAGAAUCUUCAUACAAGUAUGGAUGACACCAAGGAAGAGGACCUUGAAGGAGAUGAAAAGAAUCUUCAUACAAGUGUGGAUGACACCAUGAAAGAGGACCUUAAAGUAGAUGAAAAGAAUCUUCAUACAAGUGUGGAUGACACCAUAAAAGAGGACCUUCAAGUAGAUGAAAAGAAUCUGCAUACAAGUGUGGUAGACACCAUGAAAGAGGGCCUUGAAGUAGAUGAAAAGAAUCAGCAUACAAGUGUGGUAGACACCAUGAAAGAGGGCCUUGAAGGAGAUGAAAAGAAUCUGCAUACUAGUGUGGAUGACACCGUGAAAGAGGACCUUAAAGUAGAUGAAAAGAAUUUUCAUACAAGUGUCGAUGACACCAUAAAAGAGGACCUUGAAGGAGAUGAAAAGAAUCUGCAUACAAGUGUGGUAGACACCAUGAAAGAGGGCCUUGAAGUAGAUGAAAAGAAUCUGCAUACAAGUGUGAGGGUCUUGAAGUAG